GUAUAAUACUAGGCCAGAAAUCUACUUAAACAGUAUUCGAACGGUUGUCAGAGAAAUUUAGUUAAAGAAGAAUCUUAUUUUGUAGUUUUGUCAAAAUGAGUACUGUUGUGAUUAUAAUGGCAAUUGCCAUAAUUUAUUUAUUUAAAUUGUUACCCAGAAUAAAGAAUUUUGUUCGUAUUGUUAAAUUUUCAAAAACACUUAAAGGGCCCAGUCCCAUGGAGCUAAUGGAAAAUAUGAAGGAAGGAAAACUUUUGUACUGGUUACGAGAUCUGCGCAAAGUAUAUGGUUCAACAUUUCGCAUUUGGUUUGGCAAAGAUCUUUCAGUUUUCCUAACCGAUCCAGAGGAUGUUAAAUUCAUUCUUGGCAGCAAUCAAAUUUUGUACAAAUCUAGAAACUAUAGAGUCGUAGAACCAUGGUUGGGAAAAGGACUUCUUACAAGUGGCGGUGAAUUAUGGCACAGAAGAAGGAAAAUGUUGACACCAGCUUUUCAUUUUAAGAUGUUGGGUGAAUUUAAACAACCCAUGGAAGAAAUUUGUAAAAUUAUGUUGGACAAACUUGAAGAAAAAGCUAAUGGUGAAGUUUUUGAUAUCUAUCCAUAUAUAACUCUUUUGGCCUUGGAUAUUAUUUGUGAAACUGCAAUGGGUAUACAAAAAAAUGCUCAACUUGAAAGUACUUCGGAAUAUGUUACUGCUGUACAAAACAUGUGUCGAAUAUCUCAUAGGCAAUCUUAUUCACCCUGGAAAAGGUUUGAUUUCUUGUUUAGGUUGACAAAUGAUUACAAAGAACGACAACAUGCUUUGGAUAUUCUUCAUGGAGAAACGAAAAGGGUUAUUGAAAUGCGAAAAAGGGCCCUUAAAGACCCUAAUACUUCAACUGAUGUGCAUGAUGUCGAAAAUAAUGAUGAAAUUGGUAUCAAAAAACGAUUAGCAUUUUUGGAUAUCCUGCUAUUAGCUCAAGCGGACGGAGCUGAUUUAACUGAUGACGAAAUUCGAGAAGAAGUUGAUACUUUUAUGUUUGAGGGUCAUGAUACCACAAGUUCAGCUCUAGCAUUUGCUAUCUACUUACUAUCUCGACAUAAAGAAGAACAACAAAAAGCCUACGAAGAAGCUGUGUCACUGGAAGGCAAAGAAAAAGAAACUAUGAAAUAUCUUGAAGCUGUCAUUAAAGAAACCCUUCGGUUAUAUCCUUCAGUGCCAUUCUAUAGCAGAAUGAUGAAGGAAGAUUUUGAUAUUCGAGGUCUUCACGUACCAAAAGGUGUAUCAAUAAAUCUGUUGGCUUUUGUAGUACAGAGAAAUGAAAAACAUUUUCCUGAACCAGAACGAUUCAAUCCUGAGAGAUUUUUAGUUGAAGAAAGUAAUAUGCAUCCGUAUGCUUUCAUUGCAUUUAGUGCUGGACCAAGGAAUUGCAUUGGUCAAAAGUUUGCCAUGUUAGAAUUAAAGUGCACUCUAGCAAAUGUUUUAAGAACCUAUGAACUGUUGCCAGCAGAAGGCUUUGAACCAAUACUUCUACCAGAGUUGGUUAUCAAAAGUAAAAAUGGAAUUCAAGUGAGACUGAGGAAACGUUGAAUAAUUUAUAAAUAAGCUUAAAAGUUAAUUUUUAAGAAUGAUUUACUUAAUUUUGAAACAUAUUUUACAAUAAAGUUAUAAUAAAU